GUGGGGCAGCCAUGCCCAUCCCCAGGGCUGGGGAGUCCCCGCAGGGGAGCAGGGCCCGCCGGGCGCUGGGCUCCUCCGCCCUCCCUCUGCCUGCCCGCCGCCUCGCCAGCCCCCGCGCCCCGCUUCUCCCCCCUCCUUCCCCGGCUGUGGCAAAUCCUGCACUGCAAGAUAUCCGCUGGGCAUAGGGAGGGGAUCUCUCUGUUGUUGUGUUUUUUUCCUUCUUCCCUCCCCCCCCGCUCCGUCUCCCUACCCUCCACUUGAGACCUGAGGAAAUCCAGCCCAAGUUCUCCGCGAUGACUGCGCUGCUGGCAUCAGGGUUUCUCCACGGCAUCCCUGCCUCCGGAGCGCCGCGCCGCUGCUCGCUCUGAAUCCUCGGCGCCGGGUGAAAGCUUAAUUCUCAUGCCGUGGUUGCUGGGCUGCUGCUUUCCUGCAUUUUGCAAUGGGAGGUGGAGGAGAAGGGAUUGUCCUUGAGUCAACGCUGAAAAUGUGAUUAGGAAGAACUGCUUUCACUAAUUUUUGUCUAACCUUUUAGUCCAUGUUGGCCUGUGACCCCUCGCAGCUUUCAGACCGAGCCUGAUUAGGUAAGUGUGAAUUAUUCACUAGGGGCGAGGGACGGUGGAUGGAAGCGUUUUAAUCAGGCACUUAGCGAUGGUCCUGGCCCCUCUCCCGAUGAGAAAUGAUGAGAAAGUUGGGCUGUAAACUAAUUGCGAGCAGAGCGGCGCUUGUUUACUUGUUGCAGUCUGUCGGUGCGAGCUGCCUGCAGUCUGUCUGAUCUCCGCCUGGCAGUUGCUGUGGGACAGCUCGGAUGGCCACGGGCUGUAGGAAACACUGUGCUCUUAUUUAUGAGCUUCAGAGAACUUUUGGUUUUUAAUUUGGAGAGCUCCCUCCUCCAACUUCAGCACCUUCUCUCCAUUGUUCCAUGUUUCCCCAGACGUGAAUUACUUCAUUUUCUCCUGCUGUGUUACGUUUGUUUGUUUCUUUCCUAAAUAUCCACCAAUCUGCAGUAUUGCAACCUACCUGUAGCAUUUAGGUGGGCAUCCACUUUGAAGCCAGCUAGAACAGCACGAACCUCCCGAAUCCCAAACAGCAUGUUACAAUAGGUGCUGCUGGCAGGUGUAAGAGGAUGCCUGGUCCUUGUGCUAGGAAUGCAGCUAGCACUUCAAUUAAGAAGAUAUCUUUUGAAUUUGAUAAAGCUUGUGUAAUAUCCGGUGUCUCCCUCUGUUGUGGCUUUGGAAAAACUGCUUUGUCAACAGGAUCCCUCAACUGCUUUUCCAGGAGUAAAGCUUGCUGCCACUGCUGCUUUCCUUCAGCUAAGGAGAAUGAAUUGCUCAACAUCUGCAGGUCGUCUAAAAUCCCAGUGCUGAAGGAAUACCCCCUGGGGGUGGAGGGGGGCAUGUUUGGCUGUGUAGGCGUUGCGCGUUGUGCGCUGUGCGUCUGCCUGCCCGCAGACAAGCCGUGCUUGGUGAGUGCUUCCCCUCCUCAAUGCAAAGCUAACAUCUUAUCUCGCUGAAAAGUUUGCUGCAGCACUUUGCCUGGUCCUCCGUGGAGGGGCCAGAAGCCACGGCACAGCUGCUGCUCGCGGGCUGGGCGGUGAUGUGGCACGGCGGGCAACCAAUCGCACACCCAGGGAUGCACGGAGCCUCUCUCCGAGCUCAGCCCUGAGGCCAGGCAGAGCUUCUUUGUCCCUCUGUGGAGCUGAGCACGGCCAGGUUGGGCAGUGCUGCGGCGCUCCUGAAGUUUUAGUGAGGUUCCAGCCACGAUUCAGCAGCUCUGCACACCACGCAGGCAUUUAGCAUCCUGCUCUCAGCAUUUCUCCCAGGGAAGCACCGGAAUGCUGAAUACUGGAGGAGAAUCGCGUCGUGUGUUCAGUCAGGAUCAUACAGACCUGCUGCUGGCAGACCAGGCAGCUCCUCUUCCUUCUCCUAAAUGCUGCAUGUGAAACUCUGCUGCUCCACCUCUCAUGCACCGCGUACAGUCCAGCUCCAUCUUCUAUGCUGGAUGCAGAUCUGCCUGCAGAGUGUGCUUCCCUUGUUCUUCAGCCCCCCUCUGUUUGAUGAACAGGGCUGUGUGCCACACAGAAGGACGAUGGCCACAGCAGGAGGUUAAGGCCACGCUUAAGCUGGGGUUCAAAUCCCUCCGGGCUGUCCGUGCCCAUGCGACUCCAGGCAGCUGCUGUAACUUCUGAUGCAACAGGAAACUCUGCACACGAGGGAAAUAAAAAUGAGGUGAUUCUCUGAGCCAUCGUUUGUAUAGAGAUGUUUUGUGGGCAUACACUUACAGAAGUGUGUCUAAUUUAUGUAUUUCAUGUGCUUUAUUCUCAUUACACAUAACUCAGGAGAGGCUUAUUCCAAAUGAAGCAGUGAUAGCUAUCUGCACAGUUUGAAAGCACUGAUUUAUUCUUUCAUGCUGGUUGAAGGUACAGCCCUUAUUAGUUGAUGUUCCUUAAUACUUUGAAUUCUCACUUAAAAAUGUUUGCUUUCAGACCACAACACUGGUCUCCUUAUGGAAGCAGCUGUUUCUAUCCGGCCCUGAGAUCCCAUGGAGAAGCUGAGGAGGGGGAUGGCUCUUCACAUCCAUGAAGCCUGGAUACUGCUGUUUGUAAUCCCUGGCUUGGUCACGCCGGCUGCCAUCAACCACGAAGACUACCCCGCCGAUGAAGGGGACCAGACCUCCAGCAAUGACAAUCUGAUCUUUGAUGACUACCGAGGGAAGGGUUGUGUGGAUGACAGUGGCUUUGUGUACAAACUGGGAGAACGCUUUUUCCCGGGGCAUUCCAACUGUCCCUGCGUUUGUACUGAGGAUGGACCUGUUUGCGAUCAACCCGAAUGCCCUAAAAUCCACCCAAAGUGUACAAAAGUGGAACACAAUGGAUGCUGUCCAGAAUGCAAGGAAGUGAAAAACUUUUGUGAAUAUCAUGGAAAAAAUUACAAAAUAUUGGAGGAAUUUAAGCCCUCGCCAUGCGAAUGGUGUCGCUGCGAGCCCAGCAAUGAAGUUCACUGUGUUGUAGCAGACUGCGCAGUUCCCGAGUGUGUCAACCCGGUCUAUGAACCAGAGCAGUGUUGUCCGGUCUGCAAAAAUGGAAGUCCUGAAAUGGCCAGAUUUUAAGGUUGCAGUUAAAAACCCUUCAGUCAAAGUCUAUGCAAUAUGCUGAUUGCUUGUGCAGAUGCAAGCUGAGCGUGGCCGGCCAAGACGAAGACGUGUCCCCACACUGGACCUUGCUGGACUCCACAACUCCAUCCAUAGGUCCUGGAGAACGAAGCUGGUAGAGCAGCGUGGCUGUGUCACGCUUUUGCUCGUGGUGGAUAAAAUAUCUGUGGAAGCCACAUGGAUUUUUGAGCACUCAGUUGACCCCAUCGCCACUAGCAGCCCAUCCCGAUGGCACGCAAGGGGCCAGAGGAGGGAUUUACCCUUCUUCAAGCAGCAUUUGCCCAGCACAUGGGGACAGGGGGAUGCUUCGCAGCCUUAUGUGCAGAUGUAGAGCCUCCAACCUGAAUCAGGAGUCUUCCAUUUUGGACACCGACACGAGUCAGGAGUCUUCUUCCAUUUUUGCAGAACUUGUAGAAGCUGCCUUAACAUUGUGACAGCAAAGCCCGUCAAGGCUUCAUGCCUAGCUAUGAAAAUCAAUGCUUUUGAAGCUUGAACACGGAAGAAAAUUCCUGCCACUACAAAGGAUGCUUUUUUGAUUGUUUGUCAGCUAAUGUUCUUUGUGUUUACCAGCAGGAAUGUAAACUGGUGCCCUGUUAGCUCAAUUAAAGGAGCGAUUUGAUUAGCAACCGAGGAAGAAAGGGAUUGAUUUGAAAGCUGGUAAAAGAUCAAGACUGAAAACAAGGCAGCGUAUUUGGGCUAGGCCAUGAUUGACCUGACAAAAUACUUCAAUGCUUACUUUACCGUUCCUUUAAAAAGGAGUUAUUUCACUGAAAUUGAUUUUCAGUGGUGUUUGUUCACCUCCAUUACUUCGGGCCAAGUGUUUAAAGGCAGAUAGAUGCCAAAUUUUCUGAUGAGAGUGAAGUGCGGAGGUGUCCAUGAAGCCCUGGAUUGGUUUUGAAAGUCUCACGCAGUUGGAUUUUCCAGCUUAAAUAUACUCAAGACUGUGACCUGCACCCUGUGGACACGGCUGUUGGAAGCCAUCUAGAAGAGCUUUGGAUAAACCUUCCAAAACUUGCCUUCGAGUGGAGUUGGGUUGAGUAUGGGUACUUCCCGAAGCUUAGAAGGAAAUAGCAGGAGCUGAAAGCUAUCCUGAAUUUGUACCCAGGAUCCUAACCGUGUUCCCAUGCCUCCAUUUCAAGCAGAGCUUGGAAUGAAUGUCUUUCAACACCCUAAAUGGCAGGAUGGUGAGAAGCUGUUUGCUGGAUGAGACUUGCUCCAAAGCUGCUUUGGAGGCCUGCACUGUUCUUCAGAUGGAGAUGGUUGUGAAGAAGCAUCUGCUUACUGGGGAAAACGUUGCUGGAAUUUGUGUGCACAGAUCUACGGCGGCAGUGGUUCAAGAUCCACUGUCGUCAUAGUGGUAUUUUGUAGAGGAGUGGUGGGUUGGUUGGGAUCUUUUGGAGAAGAAGGUCCUAGGCUGAGGUUGGGAACCUGUUGCAGAGCACAAGCAGACUAAACAGUGCUGAAAUCCAAGCAGGCAUGGUUACUGCAGUUCCCCUCCCACCUAAUUGAAUUCUGGGUGUAACGCAGAAGACUAAAAAUGACAUUUUUAUCCAAUUACGUUGCUGUAAAGCAUGCGAGAGAAACCCACAGCCAAAUCCCAGGUCUGUGGUACUCAGUGUAACCCCAGCAGAGGGGCUGACUCAUAUUUACUCCUGCUGAGGAUCUGACCUGCAGUAGCUAAUUUCUCUGGGUGACUCACAGGCAAACUGCAGAAGACUGGGGUGCUUUGCAUGGUCAGGCUUUCUAAAAGGAUUAGAGAUGGUUUUGCUUUUGCUGCUCUGAAAGGUUGGGCUUAUUAGGCAUAUUUGUGUGAGAAGAGAGGCAUGACGUUGUCUUCAUGUAUUUCUAAUUUCAUGAAUGUUUAAUGCUUCUUUUAUUGGAGCCAACAUAUAUGUAGAGUAGGGGACUUUAACAAGGGGUUGACUUAUGUCAAACAGUUGAUGUUUGAGCUGCUCCUUUUACACGAAAUGCAGACUUUACAAAGCAAAGAGACUGUAAUGAAAAUAUGAAUUAAAGAUUAGAGCUGAGCAAGUCCAAGAAAACUUAGAAUUCAAAAAGGCACUUGGAUGUUUUCUUCUCCUGCUUCCCUCUCCUUCCCUCCACCUUCUCAGCUGUCUCCAUCCUCUUUGCUCCAUUGUCUCGCAUCUCAGCUGCUGGUCCCUGUUGUCCAAAGAUGCCCUUCUGCCUGUGAACAUCAGCAUCCGUUUCCUUCCAACCCUUUGUACUCAUACUACCCCUCUCUUCGUGCCCUUGCUUUGCACCGGGGUGUUCACCCUCUCAGUGCAGGUGUGACAGCUCAGUGCUGCAGCACAGGUUGAAAAGAGCUUGGCUGGUUGAGGGUAAUUACUUGGUUUUUUUUCUGUUUGUAUUUAGAAAACCCUUGUGCUGUGUUGAUCAGAAUUUAUACCUAAGGUUGAAGAGCUUAGGCUUAGUCAUCAGCAAAUAAAAGCCCAGAGGAAGAGAGAAUCUUGCUUUAUUUGCUUUGGCUGCUUUUGUUGGUGUGGUGUGGUUCCUCCUGCCCUGCUAAUAGAACAAAAUAAGGGAUGGAUGGGCAGUGAGUUCACCCACCAGACCCUAAUCUUAAGCACUGUGUGUGGGGGCUCCCUUGGUUUAUUCUUUCUAGAUGAACUCUAGGAUGUACUGUCUCUCACCCGGGAUUGCCACAAGGAGUUCAGUGCGUAGCUCUAAGAUACAGUACAAUCCCACAGCUGAUGUAAAUGAAUGCAUCUCGUUUUGCAUAAAAUAAGCUACGUUUUCCUCCCAGUUGAAAAUGUUUUGUGGCAGCAGUUUUGUUCUGGUAGAGAAGCUCAGAGCUCUUAGAAUAAAUGAAGCAGGAGCUGAUGUACCAAAGCCAAAAGCCCCAGUGUCACGUGCAGGGUUGUAUUGUGAGAUGGGUCUGCAUGAGGGUGCACACACACAGUUCUCCAGGAUGCUUCCAUGCUCGGGCUUUCUUUGCUGCUUCUUGUAGAGAGUAUAAGAGGAGGAAGGCAAUGUGCUGGCCAGAAAGUGCUGACUCACGGCACCAUGCCUGGGAGAAAGGCCAAUUAUAGCAAACUUGCUGUUCUUACUCUUAAAAAGGUCGGGGAAAAAAAAACUUGGAAUGAUCAGCUGCCCCCAUUUUAAUGCUUCCAGAAUGAACCAACUCUAAUCUUGGGAGGCUGACUAUCCAUCUAGAUCUUCAUUUUAUCGUAGAAUCACAGAAUGGUUUGGGUUGGAAGAGACCCUUAACGGCCACCUGGUCCAACUGCCCUACAGUGAGCCAAUCCUUCAAUGGAGGAGGGAUACAGACUAUUUCA